CGCUGCUCAUGUUUCCGAGGAGGACGGUCACGACGACGACGACGACAAUGAGACUAUACGGCUCCGUGUAGGAGUGGUGAAAAGUGGCAGUGUUUGACACAUCAUUAUACAUGCACAAUAGGGUGCGGCUUAAUUGGUUCAUGCGGUUAUCUAUUAAAAAGGAUGAUGUUUUAGUUUAAAUCAUUGCAUACAUAUGUUGAAAAACAGAAGAUGAUAGUCAUCAAGGUUAAAGGUGAAAUCAAUGUCAGACUGCAAUUUGUUUUGAACGGCUGGUUGAAGAAAUAAGGCUGAGUAUAAUUAUCAUAAUCAUGAUAAUCUACGUAAAAUAGCUUUCUGCGUAUCGCCGUAUUUCAUCGAAUAAGUUGGAUUUUGUUAUUCGGUUUUAAUAGUGGAAAAGUUGGACUCGCAGAAGAUAAACAACUUCGUACUUUCGGCUGAUGAACUGCGAAUGCCCAUUUUUAUAGUGAUGUGGUCAUAGACGAAGAUUGAUCGUUAUGAACAAGUGACAGUCUGACGUGUCCCUUUGGCGGUGUAUGCAGCUUCAAAGACUUCGGCCAUUUGAGACCAAGUGGAAAGUUAUCACAAUGAAUGAGAAAAGUUUAAUCGGAAAAGGUGGAAACAAUUCAGAACAAAAGAAAAGUGAAAACUUAAUGUAAUACACACUUGGGUUUUCCUUUUCCUCAUUGCCUCCAAACAACAACGGUUAACCAACCACCCAGAAUAAGGAGGAGAGUACUCGUUAACGAGCAGCACCUAUGUGUUAGUGUGUAUCCUGUUGGUAUGUGCUGUGGGGAAAAUGAUCCCCAAGUAGCCGCUACGUGAACGUUGUAGACGUCCCCACAACACCGCGUGUGCUCUAGUGUUAGUGAGUAAAACUGAAUUUUCCACGUUUGGCCUUUGUCACUGGUCCUUCCAGAGCUCUCGUAAAUGUUACUGAGGCAUGCCUCGGUAUUGGUGGAAAAUUGUAAUUCAAUGAAAAUACACCUUUUCCUUCAUGCAUAACAUUGCGUCGCGGUGGAAAUACGAGUCGUAGAAACAAUUUCACUAGAAACGCAACAUCGAAUCGUCUCCAUCCCGAACUGUCGCCACCAGACACCUAUUUGCAUGAGUGGCUCGCGUAUCGACAGCUGAGUAAACUCUUCUCCGGAGCGCCUGUCCACAGAACAACAAUGUUCAGUUUUUCUCGUCCUUGGUGACGUGGUUUCGCGAAUAAUUGCGUGUUUGUGUGUUGGGGAAGCUAUCGUGCCAAGCUCUGCUGUUAGUGCGAAGAGAAAACAGAACGUUCGCAUGGCCAUUGAGGCAACAACAGCAACGACGACGACGACGUCUCAGCUGUACUAGCUAACAGAUUUUUCCUCUUCGCACCCGACGGCCUUCCGCGCCAAAUGAAAAAUUAUCUUCCUGAGAUCACUAACUGUGGCAGUUCGUUUUACUAACCACCUGACUGAUUUCCGGAGUGGUUCCACCGGCUCUUCUCGCCCCCAAAGCUGGUCAGCUGCACCAGAUAACCGCAAGCGUACUGCAGUGAGUGGCUGCCCCCACAGGAAAACUCGGUCCACCUGAACUGCGUUCGGAGCAUCUAGAGAUUCGAAGAGCCCUGUUUACGUCGCAAAAAUCUCCGGCUCUGCCAGCAGGAAAAACAGCGCUCUGCUGAACAAUCGAGCUCACUACUAUCCCAACGCAACAAAUCUUUUCCUUCUCCAUCGGCAUCGUCUUCGUCAACAGCAUCCUCCGUGACCACUACUGGUAACCAAGCACCAUUGAAGGAUGAGCUAAUACCGGAAAAGUACCACCCGCUGCGGGACGCAAAAACCUACGCCGAAUUGCGCCACAUUCUGGAUCGUAAUGGAAAGUACUUGAGCCGUGCCAUAAUCGACGUCAGCGCACGUCAAGGACAGUGCAACCAGUGGCAGCUUCGAAAACGGGAAAAACUCCUGGCACGUGAGUGCGAUGAUGGAGCUAAUUCCUCCAUAUGUUCGUCGUCCUGGCCGUCGGACGGUAACGGUGGGGGCACCGGAAGGGCAACAUCACCGUCGGCCCAGCAACGUGUGUGGAAGCGCGAACGCCAGCUAAGUCGAGAACUGUGCGAUGAUACGGCAUUGCGAUAUGCGCGACAGCAGUGUGUUACCCAGGACAGCAGUGUUACCGGCAUACAGUGGCAUAUAGACUAUCUGGACGCGUGCACACAACGCACGGAAGAAGUGAAACGAAGGUUUGUGGAAAAGAAGUAUUACAACAUCAACCGACGGGGAGUGCAUCGUGCAAGUGGUUCAGUGUUCAAAGUGCAAGAAUCGGAAUUGGAAGUGUUUGACGAGCCCGUGUUUGAUAGAAUCGCAUUUUGCAAACCAACAAUCCGGUCUGAUAUUAUGGACAGUUUCCCGUCAAAACUGUGCCACGAAAAAGCAGAAAAAUUGCAAGAUCUCAUCGAUAAUUUGUAUCAGUUGAAACUGGAAGCCGCAGAACUGGAGAGCGAAGCAUUGCCAAGAAUAACCUUGACAGAUUGUUCUUCCAGUCCGGGGAGAAACUGUGAAGGCUGUGUGGAAAAUGAAGAAAAUUCAGUGCAGAAUAAUAAUACAAGAACCACCUCUGCGGAAGAUCCUUUGAAACCCAGUGGUAGAAAUAUAAACGAUAAUCAUCUUAACAUUAGUAAUAAUAACGGUUGUUAUUUGCAACCGAACUGUAACAAUCUGAAAGCAAACGGCUGUCUAAAUAUCCCGAAUAAUAAACUCUAUCAAAGUGAAGCUAGGCCUCCGUAAAAACUAUUGCAACCCUAUUGACUUUUCUGUAGUGUAUUAUGAUAGUGAGACAAUUUUUACAUCAUUACGGUGUCCAUCGCAAUCAUCACUCCCAUCAGCAUCCCAAUAGAUAAAAUUGCAGACACAAUCAACGGCCGAACGAACGCGUCGACAAAUAACUUCCGCGCGUUCGUCGCUCGCUGGCCUCUUCUCAAGGCGAACCAUGGUUUCAAUUAUGGAUAUCGACCCCAAAAGACAAAUCUGUGAUACUCGUGCAACACUGUCGCAAAGCGCCGUCAGUCAGAAAUCGAUCGAUCUGGAAAUCCCAGUCCCACUGAAGUCGCCCACAUCAACGACCUCGCCCGCCUCACCACCGACAUCCGGCGCCGCUUCCGGAACGUUGUCACCCCAGACGACGUCCGCCGUGGACACCGAACUGGCCAAGCGCGCCAUGAAACUCGACCUGAUCGAAUCGCAGGGCAGUUCCGGAACGAGCGCCGCCAGUGGAACCAGUGCAACGAGCACCGCGACCACCACCACACAUUCCUCCAACACCGCCAACUCGUCCGGUACCACCACGACCGCCAUCAUGAUGAAGCACCGGAAGCUGAAGGAACGCACGUUCAGCGACGAACUCGGAUCACCGAAGUCACCGGCCGCAGUAAUAGGUCGGAAUGGUACCACACAACUGGUGGUACCACGACAAACGUCGCUUACUUCCCAACCAGAUGUCGUAGACGAUCGCAAGGCACUACGGGACGCACUGUACCAGGGCAUCUUUCACCGGCACCGGCGGACGAUCUUCGCCGUCGGGAGCUUCCUGCGGAUGCUGAAGAGCCGUAACUCGUCCUACAACACGAUUCGCAGCUCGUCCGAGGGCGAGGACGACACCCGAUAAGGCCAAAUACGAACGCUCAGCGCAAGGUGCUGACUGAUGUGACACUGAACAGAUUUUUUUUUGUUUGCCACGGAUACAGGUAAAUUUAUGAUUGAAGCGAGCCUGGUGAUGGGCCCUAAAAGGUUAGAAGAACUCAAUGAAUACAGAGAUACUUGGUAUGAAUAAAUUAAGAUUAACUUUAGGAAAUAGUAACGGCUAAGGACGUUGCAGGAUUCGUUUACUAAUCACAUUUGAUUAAACAUAUGUUGUAGUGUUAGGGAACAGAUACUGCUGGCAUGGGUUGGUGUUUUGAAAUAUUCAGCUGGAUAACAUGGGUGUAGUGAAACGUCACAGUAGAGAUUCAUGAGUAGGUCCCAGAAUCCAUUGUUAAGAAUUGAAAUGCUUAGAUGGUUAUAGUGAUUUAUUUUCUUGAAUAAGUUUCAUUUGAUUAGACUAUUUGCUUUAAACAGACCAAAGUAAUGACGAUCUGAUUUAAGGAUGACACAACUUUCGGAUUGCAGAUCGUUCAAACAUAGGAAACGGAAAUUUGUAGAAGCUAGAUGUAAGUCCCUCGCGCGACAACCUUUUGGAAAAAAAAUAACGAUAUUUACGAAUGAUGAAAAGUUGCCUUCUUAGGCUCUGUCUUAAUUUCCGAAUAAAACUCAAACCUAAAGUUAACAAUCGAGUUGAAAACUAUUAAUAAGCUAGUCGCGAUUUACAACUUGCUUUCGUAUAAGACAUCCGAUGUCGGUCAAAAAUAAUAUUGGCGGUCAAGCAGAGCUUUUCAGAACUAUAAAACUAUCACAAGAUAAAGUUUGAAGUAUAUUCGGAAACUUGAGCAGAGCAGCAUUAUAUGCUAACAUCUAGAUGCCAUCUAUCAUUAAGCUACAUAAUAUACUUCAUAUUUAAUGUUCGAUAGAAAACCGUACUGUUUAUAAUCAUAUUUGGAACAUUAGCAUAUUUAUUAAAUUUGACUAUAGUCUGUGAUACGUGCUAAUGAAAGUAAUUACACGAAGCUCACUUCAGACAAGGCAAAUAAAAUUCCAUUUAUUACUUAAUUGAGGUCAGAUGAUAGUAUGUAAACAGAAUCUGUUUUCAGACUGAACUUAAGGUCAUACAAAUGCAAAUGUUUCAAAUCUGCAAUCAUGGGCAGCAUACAAAUCGAUCAAAGCGAGCAAUAACAAUCCAUUAUCAUACGGAUUUUUGGAGUUUUCAAAUAGGUUAGAUUCUAUUCAAUCUGCCGAUCACAUAGAUUUAAAUUUCAUGUUGAUGAUUAAUCCACUAUUCAAUAUUUAGCAUUAUAUACUUUUAAGUAUAUGAAUUGGCAAGCCAAAACGGAACUCCCCAAUAGUAUUUUGUGCAAUGAAAAGAUCAGAGAGGACUGAUCCUUGUGGAUCUAACUACGCUGAGCUCUCGCGUAAGCUUAGACGGGGCUUGUAGGAGGAAAAUGUAGUGACAUCUGCGUCAGGGAAAUCGCCGUCACGAAAUGUCAAAUAACUCAGCUGUUCCACGAGAAAGUAUCGUCAUUUUUAAUAACUUUUAUUUUACGAAGACUUUUCCAUGUUGUACCGUACAAUGGGAACGUUUUUCACAGAUUUCGGGAUUGACGCGAUGUUUUACAAGGUAUUGUUUUUGAGGGAGGUUAUCACGAAGGCUUCCCACGCCACACAGCGGGACCGAACUUAUUACCGACGGGGUAUUUUAGAGGCGAUCAGCGGAAUAAGGUGGUCGAUUUCAUACAUGCAACAUACAUUCAUAGGGCUGGUUACGGAUUAUAAAUAUUAACUCAUUCAUUUGAAGCAGGCAUUAUCUUCUCGGCUCGCCUUAUAUCGGUAAAACGCGUUCAUUUAAAGAAGACGUUGUCUUGUCUGGAUUAAGUCCCUUGUAAUUGUUUAUGAAAAAUUUCAAUAAUCAGAUACACACAUGAUUACGUAAUUACUUGAUUACCCUCAUCAUGUUUUUUUUGACAAAAAAGUCAUUAUGGAAUCAAGUUUUAUUGUUCUAAUGGAAUCUAAUAUAUAACAACAAAUCAUUACGUACAAUUUUCAGCAUUGAAAUAGUAAUGUGUGAAACAAUUUGCAAAAAAAAAUGAUUUUUUUAAAUACGAGUUGUACGCUAUGUAUUGUACGAGUGUUGAAUAAUCGAGUUCACAACGUAGAUAAAAAAAAUCAGUUCGAUGACACGAUUUGAUGAGGUCCACCACGUUUUUGGCUUAGGCAAAGAUCGAUUUCCUUGCGGUUUUCUAUCGAACAAAACCUUUGUUUUUUAGCGCUAUUCUUUGCUUAUUCUACAUCUGGUGCGCAAACAUAUGAUAAGCCUUUCUAUGAAUAGGAAGAAAACAAUUCGGUAUCUUAGUGCAGAACAGCAUGCAAAUGACGGGAACAGAGUUUUGUACGGCAUUCUUAUUUAGCGGAUAUUAGUCCCCUUUAGGACGGAACAGUUGUUUUGUACGUCGACACACAUUCUGUAGAGUUAGAACUGGAAUGUUGCCAGAGAGUUGGAAGAGAAAUGUAGUAACAUGCCAGCGUCGUUGUCGUUGUUAAUUUUUAUAAUCCAAUAAAAAGUAGAAAUGACAUGUUGUGUGAGAGAAACAAGUGGUUAGAUUGGGGUGAUCAAAUCACCCACAAAAGGCAUUUGCAUAGUAUGGUCAAUGAAGGGUUGAGGAACAGCGUAAUAGAGUACACAAAGACAAGCAGGCAUACAUAAAAACAGACACAAUGUCACCAAGAGAAACGAAUGCGUUGUAUAAAAACCAAAAAUUAGCAACUAAGCAAAUCAUGUUAAGUUUAUAAUCGCUAACAAACGUAUGGAACGAUGAUAAAACAACACUUAGAAUACACUUAACAUUAGUAAAAGGAAUGAUUAUUUUAGAAAAAAAAAGCAUCAGAAGAUUGGAAAGAAAAGAUUAGUGGAACGAGCAAAUCGUAGAUUAUGAGUAAUAAAUAAUAAAUAACGGAACUGGUGUUAUUUAA